UCCGACCGCGCUCUCUGCCGGCAGUGGCUGCGCUUCUCAGCGCUUGUCGCGUCCCCACCCCUUUUAAGUAAGCCGUGCUGGUCGCCGCCCUCGCAGACGACUUGGCUCGUGGGAGGCGGCGGUAGCGCGGUAGCGGGGGUGCGGCCGGGGCCGGAGCCCUGCCCGGGGCCGGGCGGGCAAGCAGUGGGCGAGGCCGCGCCUGCAUGUGCGGCGCAGCGCCGGCAUAGCCGGGGGCUGACUGUGCCGGCCGCGCCAUUGUUGGGGGAGGGGGCGGCUGCUGAGCCCGGCGGAGUUGGGGGGCGAGCGGCCGCGGAGGCGGCGGCGGCGGAGAGGAGCGCGCGGAGCGGAGGAGCCCCAUGGGGAACACGCUGACCUGUUGCGUGUCCCCCAGUGCCAGCCCCAAGCUGGGCCGGCGCACGGGGCCGGCGCCGCCGGACUACGAGUCAGAGGUCUACGAGGCGGCGGCUGGGGACGCGGUGGCGGCGGCGGCGGCGGCGGCUGCCGCCGUAGAGCCGGCUGAGUUGGAUUUCGGAGCCGGCGAGGGCCACCACCUGCAGCACAUCAGCGACCGGGAGAUGCCCGAAGAUUUAGCUUUGGAAUCAAACCCUUCUGACCAUCCAAGGGCAAGCACAAUUUUCCUGAGCAAAUCUCAGACGGAUGUGCGAGAAAAGAGGAAGAGCAACCAUUUAAACCAUGUAUCUCCAGGGCAGCUUACUAAAAAGUAUAGCUCAUGCUCAACAAUAUUUCUAGAUGACAGCACAGUCAGCCAGCCUAAUCUUAGAACCACAAUAAAAUGUGUGACGUUAGCAAUAUACUACCAUAUAAAGAACAGAGAUGCAAAUAGAUCCCUGGAUAUUUUUGAUGAGAGAUCACAUCCACUUACACGAGAAAAGGUUCCAGAGGAAUACUUUAAGCAUGAUCCUGAACACAAAUUUAUUUACAGAUUUGUUCGGACUCUUUUCAGUGCCGCGCAGCUAACAGCUGAAUGUGCAAUAGUAACUUUGGUUUACUUAGAAAGGCUUUUAACUUAUGCUGAGAUCGACAUUUGUCCCACUAACUGGAAAAGAAUUGUUUUGGGAGCCAUUCUUCUUGCCUCCAAGGUUUGGGACGAUCAGGCUGUAUGGAAUGUGGACUACUGCCAGAUCCUCAAGGACAUUACAGUUGAGGACAUGAAUGAGAUGGAAAGGCAUUUUUUGGAGCUACUUCAGUUUAAUAUUAAUGUUCCUGCCAGCGUUUAUGCCAAAUAUUACUUUGACCUUCGCUCUUUAGCUGAUGACAACAACUUGAAUUUUCUGUUUGCUCCUCUUAGCAAAGAAAGAGCACAGAACCUAGAGGCCAUUUCCAGAUUGUGUGAAGACAAAUACAAAGACUUAUGUAGAGCUGCUAUGAGAAGGUCUUUCAGCGCUGAUAACUUCAUUGGUAUUCAGCGUUCUAAUGCCAUCCUCUCUUAAGAGAAAAACGAGGGGUUGUAACAUCAUAAACCCCUCAUCUACAAAGACUGGAGAAACAUCACCACUCAGAAACCAGCAAAGUUAGUAACUUUUUCAUCUAAAGGAAAGGCAUCAAAUUCAAGAGACUUGUGGACAGCAAAGAUUACGCUCCAUAGGAAAGAAUGGGACCUUGUCAAUGCAAUGCACUCUUCUGUCCUUUUUAAUGUAAACAGUUAAGAAAACCACUCCAAAGUGAAAGCUCCAAACCCACACGCAGAUGUUUGCUUACUGUGUAGGCAAUAGUUGUGAAUUAUGUGGUUUUUAAAUUAAUAGUUUAAAUUUUUAGACUUUGAAGACACUAACCUUAUAACUUUCAUGAUUUUCCUAUUUUUCUGGCCCCUCCCCCCAAGAUAUUGCUGCAUAUGCCUUUAGAAUUAAUGCAGUAUUACUAUGAAAACAUGAGACUCUUUAACAACUCAUAAAGCCACUUAGAUAGCAGAGACUGUAGCCUUGUUAGGUGUUGAAGGGUUCAUCCUCCCUACCAUAUCAUUGAAGCUGCUAGUCAUCAUUGGCAAUCAAUUUAAAUGAAAAAGCUGCUGGAUAAACACUGUCAUUCAGAUUUUUUCAAGCACUACUUUAUAUUAGCGUUUCAGCAUGUUUGGGUUAUCAACAGAGAAAGUAUAUCCGCUAUUGAUUAUCUACUUCUGUUAGGUCCACACGGCAAUUCUUGUGACCUUUAAUGGUGCUUCUCAUUUUCUGAUAAGUUUCCUCUUGUUAAAAAUGUAUUUAGAUAAUUCCAACCAACAUGGUGAUCUAAGGAUAACGAGCACUAGUGGAAUACAGGGUAUCUGAAAGUCUUGGUGCAGUUUUAAGCAUUAAUAUAAAGUGCACUUGGGUGCCCCAGGGCACUGCAAUAGAAGUAUAAAUGCUGCCAAACCUUUAAAAAAAAUUUGAAAGUUUACGUUUCUUUUACACUUACUUAAUUUUCUGAAUUCUAAAUAUAUUUUUAAUUUUAAUUUUUUGUUCCAGGCUUUCUUGAAGAUGGCAAACAUUGAAACAAAAAAUUAAAAUGAAAAGCUACUAUUCAAAAUUUACAAAACUAAGUUUAAAAGAAAUUUAAACUUUCAAAUGAUGUUUUUAAGUUUGUAGCACUUAUCAUUCUACUGGUAUCAAAGCUUAAAAUUGCACUUAGUCUUUUGGCACACACUGUAUCUCCAAGAAGUACCCUCUUUUUAAAACAGUCCUUUGCAGAGCUGUGCACUGUUCAUCUGUUUUGAUCACUUAAGUUUCUUUUCUCUGGAUUUGGUAAAAGAAGAUUAUGAAGAGCACUGUGAUUCAUGGGUAAUAAAUUAAAAAAAAUUGGACUCUAAUAGUGGUGGAUGAUAUGAAACAACUUUUUAGUCUACACGUGAAGCUGUCUAUAGUCAUCCCACUUCAAGUCCUGGUUUUUAAAGAGGUAACUUAAACCUUGGGAAUUGUAACUUCAGCUUUAAGGAGUACGGAGUAAGUUUAGGAGACGGAUAAAAAUAUCACCUACAUUUGAAAUAUUUUUUUAAAAAAAGGUUGUCAACUCUGAAAUUUCUUUUCUCCUACCUUCUCAAAUGUACAUCCUAGGAAUUUUGCCUAAAAACAAAGCAUUUCUGGAUUAGGAAUCCUUCAGUAUGGCAACAGUUCAUAUCAUAUUGAGUGCUACAGGUUCCAUCAUUUUUAAAGGACAGAGACAAAUGAUAAAUAAUGGUAUAUAAAAUAUUACAAUCUACCACCUCAAAAACUGUUUAUGGAGUUUGGAGCCUGGAGAUUAAGUAUUGAUUUGCAGUUUUAUUUUGAAAAGAAUGCUACAACCUAUGGUGGUUUUUUUCCUCAUGUUUAUAUUAAAAGAAAAGCUAAU